AUGUACAGCAUAGAAGAGGUUAUGUGGGCCAUCAAGGUCACAGUUUUUGUUUCUUUGUACCUCCUUAACACAAAUCGUGUUCAUAAAUCCAUCGAGUUGUGCAAAGAACAUUUACUUCUUCUCGGCCACAAAGCACUAAAAUAUGAAAAGGAGUUUGUUAGGCGCACUUCUUUAAUGGUGUAUGUACAGAUGUCCAAAGCGUACCGUCUUAUUGAGGAUCACAGGAAUGCAAUCAAAUGUGGCAAAAGGCUUCUCGCCAUUUCAAGAGAGACUGGCAACAAAACAUUAGAAGGAACAGUAAUUUGUUUCAUGGCGGAAUCAUAUAAAUGCCAACGUGAGUACGGUAAGGCAAAAGAGCUUUGCUUGAAAGCAAUUAGCAUUGGGAUAGAGACUGGAGAAAAAGAAGUGGAAGUACGAUGCUAUGUAACCCUAGGAAGAAUCUUUGUGUCUCUCGGUGAAUAUGUUAAGGCUAAAGAAUGUCAAGAAAAAGCACUUGCAAUCGCAGAAAACAUUGGCGAUAGAGAAAUAGAAGCCAACUGCUACGGAAACCUGGGAAUUACCCUUCAGUUUCUUGGUGAAUAUGUCAAGGCUAAAGAAUAUCAGGAGACAGCAAUAGCAAUCGCAGAAAAAAUUGGCGAUAGGGAAACAGAAGCCAAAUGCUAUGAUAUCCAAGGAGGUAUCCUUCAGUCUCUUGGUGAACAUGCCAAGGCUAAAGAAUAUCAAGAAAAGGCACUUGCGAUUGCACAAACGAUCGGCGACAAAGAAAUAGAAGCUAAAUGCUGUGUAAACCUAGGAAGUAUCUUUCGGUCUCUCCAUGAAUAUGACAAGGCUGAACAAUGUCAAGAAAAAGCCCUUGCAAUCGCACUAAUAAUUGGCAGCAAAGAAACACAAGCCAAAUGCUAUGCACACCUAGGAAUUAUCUCUCAGUGCCUCUGUGAAUAUUCCAGGGCCAAUGAACGUCUCCAAAAAGCACUUGCGUUAGCAGAAAAAAUUGGCGACAGGGAAACAGAAGCAGCAUGCUAUGAAAACCUAGGAAGAGUCUUUCAGUCCCUUGGUGAAUUCGUAAAGGCUAAAGAAUAUCUCGAGAAACUACUUGCAAUGGCAGAAAAAAAUGGCGACAAAAAAACAGAGGCCGCAUGUUACCUAAAACUAGGAAAAGUCUUUAAUUUUCUCGGUGAAAAUGUCAAGGCUCAAGAGUAUCAAGAAAAAGCACUUACAAUUGCAGAAAAAAAUGCCACCAGGGAAACAGAAGCCGAAUGCUAUAUAAACCUAGCAUGUAUAUGUCAUUCGACCUCUGAAUAUGACAAAGCUAAGGAAUACCAAGAAAAGGCACUUGCGAUCGCAAAAACAUUUGGCGACAAGGAAACAGAAGCAAAAUGCUUUGUUAUCCAAGGAAACAUAUUUCAGUCACUCGUCGAAUAUGUCAAGGCUAAAACAUUUCAAGAAAAGGCACUUUCAAUCGCCGAAAAAACUGGCGACAGCCAAACAGUAGUUAACUGCUAUGUGAACCUAGGAUGUAUCUACCCUUUUCUCGGGGAAUAUGAUAGUGCUAAAGAAUAUCAAGAAAAAGCACUUGCAAUCGCUAGAAAAAUUGGAGACCGGGAGACAGAAGCGAAAUGCUAUGUAAACCGAGGAAGAGUCUUCGAGGGCCUCUGUGAAUAUAACAAGGCUAAAGAACAUCAAGAAAAAGCACUUGCAAUAGCAGAACAGAUUGGCGACAGAGAAACAGAAGCCAAAUGCUGUUUAAACCUAGGAUGUAUCUCUUGGUUUCUUGCUGAAUAUGACAAGGCCAAAAAGUACCUCAACAAAGCAAUAGCGAUAGGGGAAAAAAUUGGCGACAGGGAAACAGAAGGCGAAUGCUAUGGAAACCUAGGAGUUGUCUUUCAGUCUCUCGGUGAAUACGACCAGGCUAAAACAUAUCAAGAAAAAGCGCUUGCAAUCGCAGAAAAAAUUGGCACCACGAAAACAGAAGCCACAUGCUAUGUAAACCUAGGAAGUAUCUCUCAGUCUCUCUGUGAAUAUGCAAAGGCCAAAGAAUACCUUAGAAAAGCACGCUCAAUCACUGAAAGAAGUGGCGACAGGGGAACAGAAGCCAAAUGCUAUGUAAUCCUAGGAAGAGUCUUUCACUCUCUCGGUGAAUAUGUCAAGGCUAAAGAAUAUCAAGAAAAAGCAUUACCGAUGGCAGAAAAAAUUGGCGACAGGGGAACAGAAGCCCAGUGCCAUGUAAACCUAGGAAUGGUAUUUCAUUCUCUCGGUGAAUAUGUUAAGGCUAAAGAAUGUCAAGAAAAAGCACUUGCAAUCGCUGAAAAAAUUGGCCACAGGGAAACAGAAGCAAAAGGCUAUGUAAGCCUAGGAAGAGUCUUCCAUUGUCUCAGUGAAUAUGUCAAGGCUAGAGAAUAUUCUGAAAAAGCCCUCGCAAUCGCACAAGAAAUUGGCGACAGGAAAACAGAAGUCGUAUGCUAUGCUAACCUAGGAAAAGUCUUUGAGUCUCUCAACGAAUAUACUAAGGCUAAAGAAUACCUGGAAAGAGCACUUACAUUCGCGAACAAAGUUGGUGACAGAAAAACAGAAGCCAUAUGCUACGGAGACCUAGGAGUAAUCUUUCAAACUCGUGGAGAAUUUGGCCAGGCUAAAGAAUAUUUAGAAAAAGCAAUUGAAAUCUCCGAAAAAAUCGGCGACAGGAAAACAGAAGCAAAAUGGUAUGGACUUCUAGCACUUCAGUUUUGCAGAGAACAUGUCGUCAAGACUAAAGACUAUUUAGAAAGAGCACUCGCAAUAUAUAAAGACAUUGGGGAGAUAGAAGGAGAGUUAAUAACCCACUUGACUAUUUCAUAUUGCACGAUAAACGACAACACACAUGAAGCUAAAUCACAUUUCUUUGCAAGCAUCAACAACAGAGAAGUUAUUCGCCGUUUUCUGAAAGAUCAGGACCAAUUCAAGAUAUCGUAUUUUGACAAGACCAGUAGUUACUAUGGACUUAUGGGUCAGUUGCUUUGCCUUACUGGGAAUCCUUACGAAGGUCUUUACACAGAGGAAAUUGGACGAGGCAGAGCCCUAGCAGACUUGAUGUCAGCCCAAUACUCCACACAAAACGAAAUAUCAGUCUGUCCACAGGCAUGGGAUGGUAUUCAGAGAAUCAUGAAGAAAGAAAACAACUGUGUUUGUCUAUACAUUUCAUACUAUGAGGACUAUAUUAAUUUGUUUGUUGUUAAAGCAGACCACCAAUUAAUUUUGCGACACAAAAACGUCAAUGACUGUUUCGCUGGCGAACGAUCAGCAAGCACAGUGGCUGACGUUUUUACCAGCGAGAUUUACAGAAAGGUACAGUGCUUAGCUCCGGAGCAAUGCGAAGAUCGAUCCUGGUUUCCUUCAAAUGAUCUCUCACACCAAAAGCGCAAGUCAUCUCAAGAAAAUAGUCUCACAGUUUCCCGCCUUGUAGAAGAGGAUGAAGACGACCAGCAGCACAUCCUUACUUUUGCCGAUGUUUACAAAAUGAUCAUCGCUCCUGUAGCUGAACUGCUUGAUAAACGCGAAAUCAUCAUUGUUCCUGAUCGCUUGCUUUUCACAGUUCCAUUUGCAGCGUUAAAGGACGAAAAAGGAAAGUAUUUAUCCGAGUCUUUCAGGAUUCGCAUCAUUCCCUCUUUGACAACUCUCAAGAUGAUUCAGGACAGUCCAGCAGACUAUCACAGCCAGACUGGUGCACUGAUAGUAGGGGACCCUGAUGUUGGUGAGGUGCUUUACAAGGGAAAUCUUCACCAAGUAUCGAGGCUGCCUUUUGCAGGCGACGAAGUAGAGAUGAUUGAAAAACAUCUCGGCAUUCAACCUCUGCUAGGAAAGCAGGCAACAAAGAAGGCGGUCCUUCAAAACAUAAAUUCAGUAUCUCUGAUACAUUUAGCUUGUCACGGCGAUGCCGAAAGGGGAGAAAUUGUUCUUGCCCCUCCACCUCUUACUGAUAGGAAACCUCAAGAAGAAGACUACUUAUUGACAAUGGCUGACAUUUCACAAGUUAGACUGCGAGCCAAACUGGUAGUCCUUAGCUGUUGUCACAGUGCAAAAGGACAGAUCCGGACGGAGGGAGUGGUUGGAAUUGCUCGAGCAUUUUUGGGAUCCGGUGCACGGUCAGUGUUGGUGGCACUGUGGGCCAUAGACGACGAAGCGACAAUGCAGUUUAUGAGUCGUUUCUACGAGCACCUUGUUCAUGGGGAAAGUGCCAGCGAAUCUCUUCACCAAGCCAUGAAGUGGAUGAGAGAAAACGGCUUCUCUGACGUUGCACAAUGGGCUCCUUUUAUGCUGAUUGGAGAUAACGUGACAUUGGAUUUUCAAACGUUAAGGUUAGUAGACAUUUAUUGACAUCCCUAGGUUGGACUUGAAGAUGGUCCAGUCCCGGUUCAGUUGAUUAACUGUGGUGCUGGGUCAUGCUCAGUCAGAAGUAAAAUUUGAUUUUAUCAUUUCAACUGCACUAGCCCUUGGUUGCUUUCAACUCCGUAGACAAAACACAUUUUUGCGCUUAAAUAAAAAGAGGUUCCCUUAGAGGAGAAGCUUGUACUUUAUUUAUUCAAUUUUUUUUUGGUUGGCACAUGAAGCCAUUAUCACAACCACAGAGUUGCUCUUGUAGUCGGCAAUAAUUAGUUAAUGUUCAUGGCUGGACGUUUAUCAUUCUUCAGUACAUGUCUGCAGGUAUGACAAAGUUUCUAUAGGGCCUCAUUUGACGAGGACAUUAUUUCAAAUUGCACACUACUGACUAGGGCAAAAAUGCUGACUUAAUUAAAAUGCGUAUAAAAGACUGAUUAACUGUACCCAAUUUGGAAUUUGGGAUGCUAAGUCUCAAAGUAGUCAUGUCUAUCAGUGAAUAUUUAGCCGUAAUAUUGAGUUGUUAAGAAAGGAGAGAGAUUUUCUUAAGAGGUGGAGGGCGUGUUCGGAUGAGAAAAUUCAGGAAUGCCAUUGUUUAUCAUUAUUACUUUUAUUUUUCAGAGCAGGAAGUCACGAAACUCAGUCCCGAAACGCAGCCCCAUUUUCGGCGAGUGACCAAGUCCAAGAAGUGACUGGUGAAUGCAAACGUUUCUCCCUACAAGGCGGCGAUCGAUAA